AGUUUCCUGAUUAUUUUUUAAUUGUAAACAUUUAUGAUUUCUUAUUAUACUAUAGAUCUGGAAGGUGUGGUUUUUAAAAAAAUUUAAUUCCUUUUUACUAUAAGAAAGAAUAGAGAGACUGUCCCUACAUGUAAGAAGAUAGAAUCAAUCUGGCAUGAAUUGCCAGAUAAGAAGAAGAUGACAGUGAUUUUGUUCAGAAUUCAGAACUUUUGUUGUCUUAAAUGUAAUUCACUUGCAUUAUCAGGUUAUAGCAGUGUCCUCUUCUUCUAUUUUUCCCCUGUAAGCUGAAAUCUGUCUGCAAUCAUUAGCUUUUCUGUGUUCUCUGUGAAUACUAUAGACCCUGUCCUCUGGCUUUUAAAAGGACUACCUUCUGCUGGUUUCAGAUUUCACUAUUCUAACUUAGAUACUGCUGGACGCCAUCAUAAUAACUUGCCUUUGAGAUUUGUGGCUACAAUUAGGUGGUAUAAUGAAGCACAUUAGGAAAUGCGUUGCAUCUGCCUCUAAUUGUGUUUCAUUAGGCAAAAUAAAUUAAUUUUCGAUUCAUCUCUAAGAAUGGUCGUUUUUUUUCAGGUAUCUGUCCUGUCAAAUGUUUAAUUCUUUGUUCAUUAAUUUAUGUUGUGUGGGUGCAUGUGUAUGUAUGUGCAUAUGUAUGUGGAUAGAAUAAACUUUAAUUCUGAGUUUUCACAGAACAAAUUCUGAAUGUCACAGUAAAUCAGUUUUUACAGUGAACCUCAAAUACUGUUGAUAGUUGGACUUGAGAUAUUUAAUCUUGAAAUUGAAGGUUUCAGAACUGAAAUCAGUCACAGGUGUACUGAAUAGAACAUUGUACUGAAUAGAAGAGCAGAAUCACUUAUUAAAAAGUGAUGUUUCCUGGACCUUCUCUACUCUUUAAUUGAAUGAGAAUCUCUUGGAGUAGGGCUCCAGAUACCAGGUAACUGUGUUUUGUGCUGAAAUUUGAGAACUUUAGAUGUAAGUGAGUUUUGGAGUAAAUUGUAUUCUUAAUGUAAUGUUCUAUGAACAGGAUAUAUUACAGUAGCUUUUAGAUUUGUAGGAGUAAAUACUAGUGUGAUGUAGAAUUGGUUUUUAUCACCAAUUGUUGAUUUUCUAUGCAGUUUGAAAAUAUCGAGCUGGCAAAGGUAGACAGGAAGUUAGCACAUUUUCAGAUAGAAGUAGCAUCCAGGACUGGUGAAGUUUCAGCUGGUCUCAGAAGUUUCAGCUGUGGCAUGGAAUGUGAGACAGUCACUUCAUAUAUAAUUCAUAAUUUAGAAGUAGCGUUUUUUUGAUAUUUCAGACUCUCUGAGGUGACACAAUAAAACAUCUUUGCAGAAGGUUGGCUAAAUGGUAAAUUUAUACUCUUUGGAAAGAAAAGAAGACAUUGUGUAAAGUAGAAUGUAAAAGCAUCCUUUCUUUUUCUCCUCUUUCUACCUGUGUUUAUUAAGUUUUAAGUAUAUUCCUCCAGAUCAUUUAUGUGCCCAUGAAUAUGUGUGUACUUAUAUACACAGCUUCCCUCGUAGCUCAGUCAGUAAAGAAUCUGCCUGCAGUGCAGAAGACCUGGCUUUGAUUUCUGGGUCAUGAAGAUCCCUUGGAGAAGAAAAUGUUAACCCACUCCAGUAUUCUUGCCUGGGAAAUCCCAUGGAUGGAGGAGCCUGGUGGGCUACAGUCCAUGGGGUUACAAGAGUCAGACACGACUGAGCGACUAAACCACCACCACAUAUUCCUCCAGAUCAUUUAUCUGCCCGUGGAUAUGUGUGUUUGUUUGCAUAUUUUAAAUAUUGAUGUAAACAUAUUACCCCUCUUCUUCCAAAGGCUAUAACAGUUUUAAGUUCUAUCAUCAUAGGAUAUUAGCAGUCAUUAAUAGUUUCAUGUGUAUAAUAGGGAAUGCACUUUUACUGUUUAGUGAGUUUAGCAUCUUUUUUAAAAAAAUAAGUAUUCUUUUUAAAAACAUUUAUUUUUUUGAAAUAUUUUCCUGGCUUCAUACUUGGAUCAGUUAGUGUUCUUAAUCAGCAGAAGAAGCUGACUGGAUGAUUAAGAACAGGAGGAAUUUAUUUAAGGAUGUUUCAUUAACUCAAAAUUUCUGAGGAGCGUUGGAGAACCAGGCUUAGGGUUAAGCUUCCAGGUAAUACACCUCAGGCGCCUCUGAGAACGGACCCUCUCCUGCCCCAUUGGAGGAACCAGCCGAUGCCGCCCAGGUACUGCGCCUUCUCUGCCAGCACUUGGUUUGGCCACCUCUACUGUUGUCAUUGGGAGGCUAAUGUGUCUGCUGUUGCCAGAAAUGGUAGCUCCACACAGAGCCCGUUUUCUCACGUGACUCACUUCCAAACUGAAAUCUGCGCAGGUGCUUCUGAAUGUCUGUAUCGUCAUUGCAGGAUCAUUCAACUUCAAGUGGCACAUUAUCUUUUAAGCCUAGUCGGUCAUUGGUUACUCUUCCUACUGCCCAUGUCAUGCCGUCUAACUCCAGUGCUUCAGUUUCCAAACAUAGGGAAUCAUUGACAUCAGAUGGCUCAAAAUGGAGUAUAAGCCUCAUGCAAGCAUUGGGAAAUCAUAGUAGGGGGGAGCAGGACUCUUCACUGGACAUGAAGGACUGCCGGCCCCUCCGGAAAUGGUCAUCUUUAUCCAAACUCACCGUCCCAGAGAACUGUAGCCAGGGUGGCAUGGUGCACACAGAAGAAUCAAGGAGAGGUUUGGAAAAGACAGGGAGAGACAAGGCAUUAACAGCACAACUAAGGACCGUUGGACCUAGCUGUUUACACGACAGUAUGGAGAUGCUUAAGCUAGAGGAUAAGGAAAUAAAUAAAAAACGACCAUCAACUCUGGACAGCAAAUAUAAAUUUGAGAGCUGUAGCAAAGAGGACUUUAGAGCUUCUUCCUCCACUCUUAGGAGACAGGACUUAGACAUGACAUACAGUGCCUUACCUGAAAGCAAGUCUAUUAUGACAAGCUCAGAGGCUUUUGAAUCUCCGAAAUAUUUAAUGCUUGGUCAGCAAGCAGUAGGUGGAGUUCCCAUUCAGCCUUCUGUGAGGACACAGAUGUGGCUCACUGAGCAGUUGCGGACAAACCCCUUGGAAGGUAGAACUACAGAGGACUCUUACAGUUUAGCUCCUUGGCAGCAGCAGCAAAUAGAAGAGUUUCGGCAAGAAAGAGAUACACCAAUGCAGGUUUUGUCUGGAUCAUCUCGUCAAAGUUAUUCACCUCCCGGCUAUCAAGAUUUCAGUAAGUGGGAAUCAGUGCUGAAAAUAAAAGAAGGACUACUAAGGCAAAAAGAGAUUGUAAUUGAUCGGCAGAAGCAACAAAUUACCCACCUGCAUGAAAGAAUAAGGGAUAAUGAAUUACGAGCACAGCAUGCCAUGUUAGGACACUAUGUAAACUGUGAGGAUUCUUACGGGGCUGGUUUGCAGCCACAAUAUGAGAACACCUCCCUCCAGACUCCAUUUUCAGACCAGUCAGCAUCCCAUUCCCAGCACGAGGAACUUGAGCAAAAGCUUUUAUCUACUGAGAAAGAAGUUUUACAGCUCAAUCAGUUUCUCAAACAAAGAAUAAGCCAAUUUAGUGAAGAGAAGAAGAAACUGGAGGAGAAGCUUAAAACCAGAGAUAGAUACAUUAGUAGCUUGAAAAAGAAAUGCCAGAAGGAGUCUGAACAGAAUAAAGAAAAGCAGAGAAGAAUUGAGACCUUGGAAAAGUAUCUGGCUGAUCUUCCAACUCUUGAUGAUGUGCAGAGUCAGAGUCUACAGCUUCAAGUUCUAGAAGAAAAAAACAAGAAUUUGCAAGAGACUUUGAUAGAUGUGGAAAAAAAGCUUGAAGAGUUCAAAAAACAGUAUCAAGAAAAAGAGGCACAGCUAAUAUGCCAGAAAAAGAAAGAAAAGGAGUUGGUAACUACAGUUCAGAGUUUGCAGCAAAAAGUAGAAAGAUGCCUUGAAGAUGGAAUUCGCCUUCCCAUGUUAGAUGCAAAACAGCUUCAGAAUGAAAAUGAUAACCUGAGACAACAAAAUGAGAACGCCAAUAAGAUAAUAGAUAGCCAACAAGAUGAGAUUGACAGAAUGAUUUUGGAAAUUCAGUCUAUGCAAGGGAAACUUUCUAAAGAAAAAUUGACUACUCAAAAGAUGAUGGAAGAGCUGGAGAAGAAAGAAAGAAACCUUCAGAGAUUAAGAACAUUGCUUGAUAACCAAAGACAAACAGAAGAGACCUGCUCUUUAUUGGAUCAGGGCCAGGAAGCAGAACAGUCCAGGCAGCAGACCGUUCUUUGCAAAAGGCCACUCUUUGAUUUGAGUGUGAUUGAUCAGCUGUUCAAGGAAAUGUCCUAUUGUUUGCUUGACUUGAAGGCAUUGUGUAGUAUUCUUAAUCAGCGUGCUCAGGGCAAGGAGCCUAAUCUUUCUUUAUUACUGGGAAUCAGAUCAAUGAACUGUUCAGCUGAAGAAACUGAGAAUGACCACAGCCCAGAAGCACUCACUAAAAAACUGUCAGAUGUAUGCCAGUUACGGAGGGACAUAGAUGAACUACGGACCACAAUAUCGGACCGCUAUGCUCAGGACAUGGGAGACAACUGCGUUACCCAGUGACCAGUGUUGGGCCCACAGCAAUAACGACCCAUUGCAAAGUGCUGCUGUGUUAAGUUCUUCAUGUUUCUCUCCAGGAGCCAUGAUAGAAAGUUGCAAGUGACAUGUGUCUUGCUGCAUAGAUUUUUUUCUGUGGAUUUGUUCUGUCGCAGAAGAAUUGGGAUGUGAGAAAGUUUCGAAGGGGCUUAUCUAAUCAGGCAAAAAAAAAUUAAAUUGCCAUUUGAAAAAUACGAUAAAAUGUAUAAGAAAAAAAAAAUCUGUAUUCUCAAACUACUGACUGUAGGACCAAGCUGUGAAGAGUGCCCUUCGGAUAAAGGGAUAGAAUUUCUUUUAAUCACAUAAUUGUGUGUGUGUGUGUGUGUGCAUGUGUACUUAUUUACAAAAUUGUAAGGAUUUCUAAGAUCAAAGCAGAGCUUCUGAGAAAGGCACACACUAUAUUCUUGUGCUUCUUUUUUUUCUUCAUGGAGAAGCUUGUGUUGUACUUGGGGUUUUCAAGGUUGGCUCAGCAAGAGUUCCCACCAAGCAAGUGUUGUAACAGCAGUACAGCAGCAAAACCUUUUGUGUUUUGAACGAUCACUGUGCUGAGAUGGUGAGGUUGUGGGGUUGGGUUGAUUUUCGUACUGUAGACAGGUCAGCGAUUUUUCCAGAGUGAUUGUGAAUCCUGUAAGAGGUGUGAAAUACCGAUGUGAUGGUUAAUCCCAUUAGCAUUAUAAUUUAUGUAUUACAAGGUGAUUUAACAUAAUCUGAACUAAUUUUAACAUGUCCCUUACUAUUUACAAUUUUUAUUUAUAGAUUAUAUAUAUAUAUAUAUAUAUAUAUCAGUGUAAACAAAGCCAUAUACAAUUAAUGCAAACCUAAGGCCACAGAUCAUUAUUGUAAAAUGAACAAAAUGACUCUGGAACAAUAACUCGUUUAUCCAAAUCUCCAGUGUUUACAUUUUCAACAGUUUUGUAUCUGUUUUGAAGUUGAAACCACUUUAAGAAAAAAUCAACCUGUAUUCUUUAUAUCUGAAUUAUCACUAGCAUAGAACAAAAUCUAAACCUAAGUGAUACUGAAAUUCCUUUUAUUAGAUAAAGUACAUUAAAAACAGGGUUCUUCAUAGAAUAUAAACUUGCCCCAGUUAGUUGUUCUUCUAGGGUAUAAGAUAUCACGAUGAAAUACAACUGAUUUUUUUAGUAGACAUGCAAUCAUUUAAACUUCCAAAUGAGUAUUUCCCUAUUUUAGUUGUAUCUCGGAAGGAGUUUAUACUUUAUUACCUUCAGAGCAUUUAGUACAUUCUUUUGAAUGCACUUAGUUGUGGCAAUCAAUGUCCUUUACACAUUGGUUUUGAUUUAUCUCUUGAUACAGCCCCAAGUCUCAUUUAGGUCAAGACAAUAGUAGGUAGAAGGAACAAAGGAUGAAAAUCAAGCUGUAGAAUAUUGUUUGGGGCAAGAGCAGAUCACGUCUGUUUUCUUGCCAGACUUAUAUUAAUGGUAUAAAGGCUGCUCCUAGAAAAAUAUGCUCCUGAAUAAUUUCAGCAGUGAAAACAUCUUUGGGAUAGACCUUCAAAGAAACUACCCAGAAAGACAUUCAGCUCAGAAUUUGACUUACAGACAGUUCUCAACAGUUAUUCAAUAGUUACAUUUCAGCAAUCAGUUAUGAUACAUUGUAAGGACAUCAGCCUUCCCUUCUGUUCAGUGCCUGAGUCCUCCCUGCCAUUUAAUAUCUUAGGAUCUGGACACUAAGAAAUCAGUGCAUUGUAGGGAUUCUGCUUCCCACGGUCCUUAAGUUAAAAAGGAGGGACUUGGUCAGUAGCAAAAAUUUGGCUUUUUAAGAUGUUCAUCUGUUUUUGAAUGUUGGUGGUUUAAGACAAUCAAGGAGUAGUAAAUUUAUACCAAAAAUCUGAUACAGAGAAUUCUGCCUUGUAAAAAUUAAUAUCUGUAAAAAUGGUCAUUUAUAGUAAAGUAGUUAAUUAGCAUCUAAAUAGAUAAUCCACAAGUGUAGCACACAUUUUUACAUUCUCUUUGAAUAGAAUCCCCUCCCCCCACCCUCAACCUCCACAAUUUUGAAAAUAAAGGUACUCUAAAAUAAUAGUGAUAAUGGGCAAAUAAUCACUGAUUUGGAUCACUAGGUUCUUACUAAAAUGUAUAUGUUUGGGAGUUUUAUGGUUAUUAGUGUUGUUUAAACAAACUUUUGGUCAUUUGUUUUGACUGUAGAUGCUUUGUUUUCCACCUUUGUUGUGAUAAAAUAAUUUAUAUUUUUAAAAAGUAAGUUUUCAAAAACAAAAAAUUUGACUUAAUUUACAUAUCUGGGGGUAAAAAAUUUUAACCUAACAGAAAAUUAACUAACUACUGCUGAUAUAUUUCAGUUUCCAAAAUGUAUCCCCUCCAUGAAAAGGAGAAUUAAGGUGUAAUAAUUUAAGUAUAACCUUGAAUUACAGACUGUUUAUCUCUUGGAAUCUGGGUUUCGUAAAGGGUCCUAGAUAAUAAGCAGACAGCCUUGGAGGGGAUUUUGGGGGAAAUAAAGCUAUUAGCAGUCUAAUUUGUCAGUAUUUAAUUUUGAUUUUUUAGAAAAUUCCCUUCUCCAAGACAACCUUUUAUGUUAGAAUAGUAAGAAUAAUGAUAUCUCUUUAAAAACAAAGAUUUUACUGUUAGACUAGAUAAGGUGGACAAGUAGAAACUCUAUAGUGUCGUGUCCUAGUUUGAAGUAGGAUAUUCUUAGGAGUUAUUACAGUGAUUAUCUGUCUGAAGUGAAAAUUAACCAAAGUUUUAAAGUAAAUCUAUUUGAAAUUUGCUUAAGUAUUGACUUAGGUAAGCCUUGCCUGAGUUUGUUUGUUUCUUUUUUUUUUCCAAUAAGUGUGGCCCCUUUUUGUGUUUGAAAUAGGAGUCAGUAUUCAAUGUUAACCAUAUUUUUAUAUAUUAUUUGUUUUGAUCAUGACAAUUUAUUAAGCUGAAUUAGACUUCUUUCAGUAGCUCGUUAGAGACAAUCUCAAGGGCUGGAAAGUGUUGCUAAAAUGGAUAUUGUACAUUUCCACAAUAAUGUACAAUAAUGAAUGACUAAUGAAAUUAUAAAUUUUGUCAUAGUUCAAGACUUAUUAAUAGGAUUCUCUUAGAUGGCAUUUUUAAAGGAACUACUUUAUUAGGAGAAUGUUCUUUCAAUAUCAGUAUUAGUUCAUUGAAUAAUACAGUAGCUGAGAACUUGUACUAUAUUUUUACAUCACAUAGUUCAGCUCAGGCACAUCUUUGGAUUUUGGCAUUCUCUUAUGCAGCUUUGUAUCAUUGUAGAUACAUAAUUACAGAAAUAAGCAAUUCUCAUAACCAUGCUUACUCAGACAAUGUCAUUUGAAACUGCCAGUAGCUAGAGGUCUCAGAGCCAAAGUUAAUUCAUUUUGUUUCCAUUUUUGACAGUUUUUUUUCCAGUAUUCACAAAACAUAAAAUUUCUAGCUUCACCCCAAAAUGUCAUGCUGGAAAUUGCUGUAUAAUAAUAACUUGCAUUUAAUCAUGAAGAGGGAAAGGUUUUGGAUAUUUGGAUUUUUAUCUUAUUUAAAAGAAGCAUUGAGUAUAUUAAGAAUGUAGUUUCAAAUCAAUGUCAUUAACAACACUGUUGCAACUGCAUACAUGAAGAACCUUUUGUGCCUUUUUGCCUGCAGUAAGCAUUCAUUUCUAUUUACAUGAGCUGUAAGAAUGUUGAUGGUUAUUGCACCUUGUUCUUCUGUAAAUAGACUUGAUUAAGGAUUUUCGUUUAAAGCAAGGAGCAGUUUUCGUUACUAGGUAGAUACCUUAAUAAACAUAAAGGGAGUUAUCAAAUAAUACAUCUUUGGAGUCCAACCUUUUCCCUGUUUAGUGAGCAGGGAACUCCUUUGGAAUGUAGUCAUUUGUGUGUAUGUGUGUAUAUAUGUAUAUGUAUAGUUAUUUAAAUACAUAAACAUAAAAUUCAGCAUCACAUUGGUGUGAUGUCAAGAAGUAGUAAGGUGCUAGGUGGCUACAUUAAAAGCACAGCAGAGUAUACCAUCAGUAACUAUGACUGGUGGCUUUUAUAAACUAGGUUCAGUUUUUGAACCGCCCAGAAUACCUCAUGUGUAAAUACAAUAGUCAUGACUUAAUUGAAAUACAGUUAUUGUAAAAAGAAUGUGAAGCCACUGGUUGGCUUAUGCCUUCUGAUUAUUAUCCUUGCCUCUUU